GAAGUCAGCGAUGAAAAAACAAAGAUUGUGGGAAGCUAAUGAAGCUUAUCAGUUGAAUCGUCGCAUUGAAGACUUAGAGAAGUGGCUUGAACGUGUGGAAAAUGACUUGGCUAGUGAGGACCAUGGCAAAGAUUACAUUUCUGUGGAAGCUCUCAUCAAGAAACAGGAUAAUUUGGAUGCAGAAAUAAAAUCUCGUAAACUUGCUGUUGAUGAAAUUGUUUCUAAGGCACAUGAAUUUGAAAAACAGGGUUAUGCAACUGCUGUUGAAUCAUUACAAAUGGCAACUGCUCUUGAAAUGCGGUAUUAUGAUUUACAAAAGCCUUGUUUGAUUCGACGUGAAAAUUUAAACGAUGCCUUGUCAUUUUAUGGAUGGAUAUCUGAAGCAGAAGAACAAAUUGAAUGGCUAGACAAUCGGAAAAGGCAAGCAAUAAGUACAGGUUAUGGGGACACAUUACAUGUUGUACAGUCUCUUGUCAAAAAACAUGCUCAUCUUGAAGCUGAAGUAGAUGGUCGAAAGGAAGGAAUAGCAAAGGUUGAAGAAAAAGGUCAAAGGAUGAUUAAAAAUGGACAUUUUGCAUCCAAUGAAAUACAACAAAUUUUAGAUAAAUUGUCGACAUCAGUGUUAUCUAUCAAGCAGUUUAUGAGUGAAAGAUCGAAAAAUUUAGAAGAUUCUUUACGUAGUCAACAAUACUAUGCUGAAGUAAAUCAGGCUCAACAAUGGGUGCGGGAACGCAUACCAUUAGUCACAAACAGUGAUAUAGGUAAAGAUCAAGCAGCAGCUGAGGGACAUUUAAGACGAUUAAAGACUUUGGAAAGUGAUAUAAACAAAUUCUCUGAUGAAAUAGAAAGGCUUCGAAAAGAAGUGGAAGUGAUGUUUGCAGCGAAGCAUUUUGAUUCAACAAAUGUUAGUUUUGCAUUCAAAAUUUCUGAAGACGUUGUGUUUAAUAAUAUUUUACUCAUAGAUUCUCAACUGUCAUCCAAACAGAGCAGACUUGAAGAUCUAUACAAGCAGCUUAAAGAUAAUUGUGCGAAACGAAGGGUACAAUUAAUUGAUUCUGCAAGAUAUCAUUCGUUUGUCCGUCAAGUGGACAGCCUUGAUCAGUGGCUGUCAGAAAAGUUGGAAGUUACAAAACAUGAAAAUUAUGGACGCGACUUAGCUGAUUGUCAGAAAUUGGUAGCCGAAUUUGACCAAGUUGUACGCGAGUUAGCAUCUGCAGGAGAAAGAAUUGCUGCAGUGAGGAAGACUCAGGAAGAAUUGCUUCGUAGUUGUCAUCCAUUUGGUGCAUCUAUUAAAGCAAAAGGAACUGAUUUACAACAUUUAUGGUCCCGUGUAAAUGAAGCAGCAAACGAACGUCAGCAAGCAUUGCAAGGCGCUAUUCAGAAACUAAAAGAUUCAUUGCCGUUUCUAAUGCCAAAAGUUCAUAAAUUUGAUGAAGAUGCCGAUGAAACUCUUGGCUGGUUAGAAGAGAAGGAAGCGCAUCAAGUAGCCCUUGAGAGCGAAGAUAUUUCACGAGCUGAUCUUCCUGCCUUAAAGCAAAUGGUGAAUAAGUAUGACGAAUUCAUGCGUGGCGUUGCAGCUGUUGAAAAACAGGUUAAUGAUUUAUGCCGUGAAGCGGAACGCUUGAUAUCUUUGUAUCCAGAUACACAAGAACAUUUAGUGGUUCGAAAGAUGGGUAUGGAAGAACAGUUGAAAGAUGUUAUGAGUACAGCUAACAAAUAUUUGGAAAAGUUGCAGCAAAUGCAGAAUCUUCAGUCAUACUUUCAGGAACAUCGUGAUUUAAUUGCAUGGAUUAAACGUCUACAACACGCUAUAACAAGUGAAACACUUCCAAACGAUGUGGAUGGAUGUGAAGCAUUGAUGUUGCGUCAUGCAGAAUAUCAAACUGAAAUGAAUGGUCGACAGUCCGCUGUGGAUGAAUUUAUUCGAAAGGGUAGCAGCAUGAUUGCUGCGCAACAUGUUCUCUCUUACGAAAUAUCUGCAAAAGUACAACAAUUUUUGUAUUUUUCCUUCAUCAUUAUUUAUGCGAUUAGUUGCUGUACGAAAUGUGUUACUAAUAUUAAGCAUCUAGAAUCAGCUGUGGAUUUGUUGAAAGAAAUCUGGAAGGAAAGAUUGGUACUGUAUGAAGAAAAUCUAGACUUGCAGCUGUGGAAACGAGAUGCAAAUAUUACGGAUUCUUGGCUUACAGAAAAGGAAGAUAUGUUGAAGGAGGAUUGGAGGAAGGUUGAAGAUGUAGAUGAUGCAACCAAUAAAAUAAGGAAUUUCGACGAUUUCUUAAUCACACUUGAAGCACAAGGAGAAAAAUUUGACGCUAUAAAAAGAUUAACGCUCCUUGAAAAAGCUUAUUCAAAGCAACGAAAAAAGGAGACAGAAAGGAUUCGAGUGGAAGAAGUAAAGGAUGAGUCUAGGAAGGAAAGUAUAAAAACGUUUGACAAACAAAAUAAACUACAUGAUCGUCGAAAAGAAAGGGAACGACGUAUGACGCAAGAAGUAUCUUUAAUGAAACCAAGUCCAUCGUAUGCUGAAGAAUUAUAUGCAUCACAUACUUUACCGCACCCUAGGCGUGGAACUGAACCUGUUGCGCGUGCACGAACAACAUCAUUUGAAUCAAAAGAAAUACCAGCUACUCCUUCAAAGCAGACAGCUUCAAGUAUUUCCGAUGCCUCUUCGAUAGAUACCGAAAGAGCAGUGAAUCUGUUAGCAGUCAGUGAAACUCCAACUAUUCAGAGGAUAGGGUCUGCUCGGAAAACUCCUAAAUUUACUACUAGACGAUCAAAUUCAUUGAAGAAGGGCAAAACAUGGGUAGAUUUUGGUCCUAUUGAUAUGCAUGGACAUCUCGAUCGAAAGCAAGAUCUGCAGAGUGGCGGAAAAAAAGCAGCUAUGCGCACUUGGAAAAGGUAUUACACAAUUUUAUGUGGACAGCUGCUAUGCUUCUUCAAAGAUGAAGAAUCAUUUUUGGAAAAUUCGGCAGCUUCUGCUCCUGUUAACAUUCUAAAUGCAGAAUGUGAUGCAUGUCCAGAAUACAUGAAAAAGAAGAAUACUUUCAGAUUGAAAAUACAAGAUGGAUCGGAGUAUCUUUUCUCGUGCAGUGAUGAUGAAAAAAUGUUGGAGUGGGUGUUGAAAAUCAGAUUUCAUGCAAAUUUGGCUCCUGCUCAGCAACUGCGUAGUUUUGAUAAGAGUGAAAGCCCACCAAUGUAUUCACCCCCUCCACGACCUGGAGAAGCUGUACGAAGGCAUACAACGGAGUUGGUUUCAUCCAUCGAAGUUAAGUCUACUGUGCCAUUGUCUUAUGAAGCUGAUUUACAUGAAGAAUCGCGAACUGUUAUUGCCAAUGAUGAGUGUAAGUUUUUUUUUAAAUGCGAUGAUAAGAAAACAUUGUCGAUAGAUCAACGAAGUCAUUUAUAUAGGUCAAGUACAGCAACGGUAACAUCAGUUCAGCGUGAGAAUGGACACGGAAAUAUUGAUGGUCCUGAACUGCAGUAUUUGAAUCGUGAUAAAGAGAUGAAUGGUACACGGGUGUUAGAUUUGGAUUCUGUUUCUGUGACUUCGUCUACAUCACGCCGAAAUGCUAGUGGCAUGAAAGGCGGUGAUAGUGAAUUCGUUGCUUGGAUUGAACGACAAUCUAAUCUGUCACCAACAAGUGUUAUGUCAGCUGCACCUGUUGUAACACAGCAGACUGUUGAUGACACCGAUUCUAUUAAAAAACGUAAAGCAUUUUCGUUCUUCAAACGCAGCUCUCGGCAUAAAGAAAAUGGCAACAAAUAAAA